CUGGCGGCGCUGUGCGGGCUGAGCGCGGCGCUCCUUUCCGACGGCGCUGCCCGCGUGCGUAGGUCUGCGCCUUGCGCUUUAUUUUAGUGCUCUUGGCGCCGCUCGUCUCGGUCAGCCUGACUUCCGUGCAGGGUGGUGGAAAACUGAGAUUUGCAAAAUGAACAAAGAUGCCCAGAUGAGAGCCACCAUUAACCAGAAGCUGAUAGAAACAGGAGAGCGAGAGCGCCUUAAAGAUUUGCUGAGAGCCAAGUUAAUUGAAUGCGGCUGGAAGGAUCAGUUGAAGGCACAUUGCAAAGAUGUCAUUAAAGAAAAAGGAUUAGAGCAUGUUACUGUUGAUGAUUUGGUGGCAGAAAUCACUCCCAAAGGUAGAGCCUUAGUACCAGACAGUGUGAAGAAAGAACUCUUACAAAGAAUAAGAACGUUCCUCGCCCAACAUGCCAAUCUUUAACUUCGUUGUCUUGGAUACAGCAUUUCUGUUUCUGCAUUAUGUCAGUCGUGUCAGGAUUGGAAUGCAGUUUCCAUGCUUAAGGAUUAAAGUUGGUGGGGUUUUUUUUUUUGUUUUGUUUUGUUUUUGUUUUUUUGUUUUUUGUUUUUUUUUUUAAGAUGAGUUGAAAUUUUGUUGCACUGCAUCAAUUUCUUGGUGUUAUUUUAAUAAAAAAUUCUGUGGA